AAAACACUGAUAUUUUGUGGCACGACGGUCACACUUGAAGAAAACGUCACAUACGAAUUAUAUUUUUUUGUUUUGAUUGUGCGAAUUUUUUAUAGAGGCAAACAGACUUUGGAAACAUCGGGAAAACACUGGCGGCAAAUAUGGAGACCGCGACAAGCAGCAGCGACACACCAACAGCGACAGCCGCACCCCCAGUCCCAGCUGCAGAGAAAUGGGGAUUUCCGCUGCAAGAACUCUACCGACUAGCAUUCACAUUCUACAAACAGAACUCGGGCAAAGCCAUACACCUGUCCUACGAGGACAAUCUGAAGCUAAUCGCCUUCAAGCAGCAGGCAUCUCUCGGACCCUUCAAAACGAACGAUGCCCCAGCUUUGGGCGUGCUCGAUGUAAUUGGCCGCGACCGCCAGCAGCACUGGCAGCUUCUGGGCGACAUAAGCCGGGAGCAGGCCAUGGAGGGGUUCAUUGAUCUACUGGACACGAUGUGCAGUGCAUUUCGACCCUAUAUCGAGGCGGUGCGUCAGGACCGCGAUGAGACAUUGCGAAAAGACUUGCGACGCAUGGAACUGGAGAAGGAGGUGGCACAGAAACGGGAGCGCCAGCAGCAGGAGCUGCUGGAGGAGGGUUACAAAGAGGAGCUGCAACGACGUCAGCUGCAGGACGCUCUCAACAAGCAGACAUACCAGCAGUUCAAGCUGUAUGCCGAGAAACAGUUUCCGGGAAAUCCAGAGCAGCAGGCUGUACUCAUACACCAGCUGCAGCGCGAGCACUACCAUCAGUAUAUGCAGCAGUUGCAUUUGCAAAAUCAGAACCAGAACCAGACACAGACCCAGGAAAAGGCACAUCAGGAAAAGGAGGAAAUGGCUCCGGCCAACAACAAUAAUAGCAGCACCGAUCUAGCGAAUGCCAUGGAGGGCUUAAAACUGGGUGAUUUUGAGCAGCAGACAGAGGAGCAGCACCAGCACCAGCACGAGCAGCAGCACGUCGAGCAGGCACAGACACAGGCAGGCGGAGAGUACGGACAGGAGCAGCACAACCAUGUGAACGAUGAGUACGAUGAUUAUGUGAUGAUUCGCCCGGCCAAAAUCUGGACGCGACCCGACAUCGAGCAGUUCAAGACUGAAGUGUCCGCAGGCGAUGGCGAUGGCGUCAUUACCAUCGGACAUGGCGACACGGUGACGGUUCGUGUGCCCACCAAUAUGAACGGGAAGUGCAUCUUUUGGGAAUUUGCCACAGACAGCUACGACAUUGGUUUCGGCAUUUACUUCGAGUGGGCCAAGCCGGUGACCAACGAGGUGACGGUACACGUGAGCGACAGCGAUGAGGAAGAGGAUUGUGUGGACGAAGAUUAUCUGUCCACCACUGAGGACCUGGAGUCGGGCACAUUGUCGCAGGAUCAGAAUGGCCUGAACAAUCCGAUUGCUGCCUCAAAGGCGCCCAUCUCAAUUAUUGUGCCAAUCUAUCGGCGCGAGUGCUACAACGAGGUCUAUGUCGGUUCCCACUCCUAUCCCGGCGAGGGCGUCUACUUGCUGAAGUUCGACAACAGCUACAGCAUCUGGCGCUCCAAAACCCUGUACUAUCGCGUCUAUUACGAGCGCUAAGAGGCCAAAUCAGAAUACCCCAUACCCCCAGUUACUUAAGCGAAAUCUAUUUUAUCUACAUAUACAUAUGUACUAUCUAAAUAUUCAGUGUGCAAGCAGCCGCCAUUGCAAGGCUCUUUGUGCAAGUCCAAAACAUUACGAUGUCUGUGUGGGUGUUGGUGUUGGUGUAUGUAUAUGUAUGUAUAUCUAUCCAUCUCCAAAAAUCAAAACAAAACAAAAAUACAUAUUAGUUCCCAGUCGCGGCCCUGGAGAUGGAUGCAUUCAAAUCAAUUAUAAUUUAUUAUUUAGUUUUUAAUAAUAAAAAGAAUGAAAAGACGUA